CUGUUGGCUCAGCAUGCGUUGCUCUAACACGAGUAACAUCUACAUGAGGAGUUUUUAACUAAAUACGUGAACGCGAUCUAAGUAGUUUUCCGACAUUUUCCACAGCGUGGUUUGUUUUUACGCGUCUGUUUAAAAAGAUGGAAGCCUGUUGAGUGGCCGCGCUGACGGGAUGAAGUCUACCCGCUGCCUCCUGCAGCUGCUUCGGUCGGGCCGAACCGCAGCCCGGAUCAGUGAGCUGCUCCUGUCCCCGGCCACCAGCCGGCUUAGUGUGCUCCACAACCAACAGCAGCAGGCGCUGAGGCAUUUUCAUUGCAGCCCAGCAUCUGCAAAGAUUCGGCCUGUUCCUGCACGUUCUGUUGAUGAGGACAAGACGAACAGCACAAAGUCCUUGGCCACCCAGGAGGACUUGUUUGAGCAGGUGCCCGAAGAGUCCAAAACCAAGGCCACGUUUAACCAAGUGAUUGAUGUCUUCACCAAGAGGGACAUAAGACGGCGUGGCCAUGUGGAGUUUAUCUACGCCGCUCUGAAGAAGAUGUCAGAAUUCGGAGUGGAGAAAGACCUCAGCGUAUACAACAAACUGCUGGAUGUUUUUCCCAAAGAGGUGUUUGUGCCUCGAAAUUAUAUCCAGCGAAUGUUUAACCACUAUCCCAGACAGCAGGAGUGUGGGGUGCAGAUACUGGAGCAGAUGGAGAGCUACGGUAUAAUGCCCAACGUUGAGACCAAGGUCCUGUUGGUCCAGAUCUUUGGCGAGAAAAGCCACCCUGUGAGAAAGUACCAACGCAUCAUGUACUGGUUCCCCAGGUUCAAGCACGUAAACCCCUUCCCUGUUCCUCAGCCCCUGCCUGAGGACCCGGUGGACUUGGCUCGCUUGAGCCUGACUCGCAUUGCCAAUGACCUGGAUUCUAAAAUCACCGUCUACCAGCUGCCCUGCACAGACAUCACUGAAAGUGGGGAAGAAAUUCAGCUUCCACACAUAGUAGGGAUCCAGAGCCCCAGCCAGAUGGAGCUGCUGGCCAAGCACAACCCAAACAAGCCUGUGUUUGUGGAGGGGCCCUUCCCCCUGUGGCUGAGGAAGACGUGUGUCUACUACUACGUUCUCAGAGCUGACCCCACCCCACCUGAAGAAAAGGAAGAGGAAGUCUAUGAUCCAGAGCGGUGUUUUGACUAUCCUCUGCAGCUGGAUCUGGAUUUGGACCGGGACCUGGGGGAUGAUGAGAGCUUUGACGUGGACGACUUGGAUGAAGGUCCAGUCUUCGCCAUGUGCAUGACCAGUCAGGGGGACCAGGUCACUCUGAAUCAGUGGAUCUCUGGCCUCCAGCAGAACAAUCCCAUCCUAGGUAAAGUUCCCACUCUGUUCCGUCUGGAUGCUGGAAUUCAGGAACUGCAAGCGGCAGCGCAACCAGAGCCGGGCCACAGCCAUCCACCUCAUCCAGAGACCCAAAGGGAAGAUCCACAGUCUGAUGAAGAUCCUGAGGCUGUAGAGGAAGAGGAGUCCAGGAGAAGCCAUGGGAUGAAACAAUGAACUCUUAAUGACAGAGACUAAAACCAAGCUUUUUAUUGCUGCUAAGAAGUAUUUAUUUCUUUGGACAAAGUGAGAUUUCGGUAUAAAGUAGUUCAUUUAAAAUAACACAAAAGCAUCACAACUUGAGAUGAGCUGUGAAGAUGUUCAUGAGGUUUAGUUUUCAAACAUCACUCAAAGCAAAAUUCUGUGUUUUGUUGUGACACCUCCUCUAGCCUUCCAAAAACAAGCUGUAGGUCCUUUCUUGUGCAGUUAUGACAGCUGAUGUGCUCUAAAUGAAACUAUGUACCUGUAACACAUGACAGAAAAAAAGCAGCAUUUCAUUUAAACAGCAGAAAUAAAUUCCAAAUUUAAAACAAGAUCAAGAACACACGACUGCUUUAGAGAAUACCCUGGAAUAAAUAACGGUUGCCCGGUUUCAAAGAACUAGUAAUGAUAAUUAAGAAUUACAUGAUCAAAAAAAGUCUGAUGAGAAACGUGAAAGCUUUUUACUGUCCAGACCUGCUGGUCAGCAAAUAAAACAAAUGUUUCAGAAACCUAUUGUGUUUUGUAGGGAAGGGGAGUAAAAGCUUCAGUCUGAGGGUUACAGUUUAAAGGUUUUUAAGACGUUAAAGUACUUUCUGCUUUGUUCUGGUCUCAGUUUUUAGACUGAUGCCUGGCAGCCUACUGGCAGUGCAGUGGUCACUCCUUUUCCUGUUUUAUGCCACCUGAUAACACCUACAGUAGUUCCACAAUAGUAUAGAAAAUUUGUAACAUUUUUGCAAUAAACAAAAAAUUACCAUCUUUUUCAAA